AUGAACUGGUACGGGGGAAGUAUGGCCGAAGCUGUCAGUCUAUCAAAACAGCAGAAUUCUAUAUUUGUAGUUUUCGUGGAAGGUGACAACGACCAAUCUAAGGAGCUUGCUGAAACAAUCGACCACAGUUCUGUACAGGAGCGUCUUGCUAAACGAAAAAACUUCUUAGCGGUGAAGCUCAAGAGCGGUUCUGAGAAUUACACAUUUUUCGCUCAAAUCUAUCAAUUUGUGCCUGUGCCAUCUCUGUUCUUCAUCGGUCGCAACGGUACUCCACUGGAAGUGGUAUGUGCCGGGAUAGAUCCUGAGGAACUAGCCACUAGGAUUGAUAGGAUCGCACAGGAGCAUCUCAAAAUCAAGACUGCAGGUGCAGAAGGUCAAACCCCCAAACCUUCCACGUCAGCCCAAAACCUAAGGGACGAGACGAAUAACUUCAUACAAUCAGAGGCCAACGCGGAGUCGACAUCGGUGAGUGAAGAGAAAACGGAGAAGACAGAGAAAGUGGAGACACCUGUAGAGAAACCAUUGGAGAUUAAGGAGAAUCAACCAGAACCGCCCAAGAGUGUUGCAACCAAGAACGCUCAUGUGGAUGAGGAACCAGAAACUUCAGCCCCCGCAGCUAAGAUACCGAAGACGGAAUAUGAAGUGAUCUGCGAUGGGGAUGUAUGCGUUCGGAGGCCCAAGGACCAGGCGCUGCCCAGCCAGAGCCCUGCGGAGAACAAUGAGCCAGUGCCUGUCAUAGAGAGUGACAUCAGCAUUGAAGAGAAGAUGGAGAGGGCUAAAGAGCUGAUAGAAAUAAGAAGGCGCGAGAAGGAAGCAAAGCUGAAAGAAGAGGAGAAGCAGAAGGAGAAAGAGCGCCGCUCGCAGGGACAGGGCGUCGCCGAGCUGAAGAAGUGGCAGGCCGACCAGGAGCUCAAGCAGAUUCAGGAAGAGAGAAAACGUGAGAAGAUGGAGAAUAACCUCGCCAGGCAGAGAAUCUUGGAGCAGAUAGCCCAAGAUAGGGCGGAGAGGAAGGCACGCGAGCAGCCCCCCGCACCACCUGCCGCGCCGAUCGCACCCCCAACUCCCCCCGCGGUGGGUGACGUCGGCGGGCGCGCGCGCGUACAGUUCAAGCUGCCGGACGGCGCGGCGCACACUGCGCACUUCGCGGCCGACGCGCCUCUCGCCGACGUGCAGCGUUACGUCGCGGACAAUCUGCACCUCCCGAUGGGCUCGUUCUCUCUAUGGACGGCAUUCCCCCGUCGGGAGCUGGACUCGCCGUCUGAGUCGCUGCUGGCGCUGCGCCUUGCGCCUUCAGCCGCGCUGCUGGUGCUGCCGCGCCGCGUGUCGCUCCCUCCCGCUCGCCCUUCGCCCCUCGCUGCACUCACCGCAUUCAUCACCCAACUGUUCACAACGUUCGUCCUGGACCCCUCGUACCAGAUUUACUCGUGGCUGCGUAACCGUAUCUUCCCCACCCCCACGAUCCCCCCCGGCCCUACGACACCUCCCAACCCCCAGGACCCCCAGAAUCCCCAACACCCCCCGGGACAAGGGCUGCGGCGACGCGGCAACAUACACCGACUCACAGGCGAUAGGUCGGGAGAUGAUGAGAAUAACACAUGGAAUGGAAAUUCCACACAACAGAUG